GCGGAAGGAUUUCGGAACCGUCGAGGCAUCCCGGUGCGACUGAUUGAUGUGAGGGGCAGAGGGGACCGGGGAGUCGGGCUGCUCCCCCGGCGCGCGUGCGCGUGCACGCACCCUCCCCCGCCGCGCGGGGCGUUGGCGUAGGGAUUAGGAGGUGUCCUUCAUCAUGCUCAAAGCGGUGAUCCUGAUUGGAGGUCCCCAGAAGGGGACAAGAUUCCGGCCUUUGUCUUUUGAAGUGCCCAAACCACUCUUUCCUGUGGCGGGAGUCCCCAUGAUCCAGCAUCACAUAGAGGCCUGUGCCCAGGUUCAUGGCAUGCAGGAAAUUCUCCUCAUUGGUUUCUACCAACCAGAUGAGGCACUGACACGGUUCUUGGAGGCUGCUCAACAGGAGUUCAACCUUCCUAUCAGGUACCUGCAGGAAUUUGCCCCCCUAGGUACAGGAGGUGGUCUGUAUCAUUUCCGAGACCAGAUCCUGGCCGGGGGUCCCGAAGCCUUCUUCGUUCUUAAUGCCGACGUCUGCUCGGACUUCCCCUUGGGUGCUAUGCUGGAAGCCCACAGACGGCAGCCUCAUCCCUUCUUGCUCCUAGGCACCACGGCCAACCGGACCCAGUCCCUUAACUAUGGCUGCAUUGUGGAGAACCCGGAAACUCACGAGGUUUUGCAUUAUGUGGAGAAGCCGAGCACGUUUGUGAGUGACAUCAUCAACUGUGGCAUCUACCUCUUCUCACCGGAAGCCCUGAAGCCCCUUCGGGACGUCUUCCAGCGAAACCAGCAGGACCGGCAACUCUGCCUUGAUCUGGGGGACGGCUCUUCGGGCAGCUGGCCCGGGGCAGGGACCAUCCGGCUGGAGCAGGACGUGUUCACAGCCCUCUCUGGCCAGGGCCAGAUCUAUGUGCACCUCACCGAUGGGAUCUGGAGCCAGAUCAAGUCUGCAGGCUCUGCCCUUUACGCCUCUCGCCUCUAUCUGAACCGGUACCAAGUCACUCACCCCGAGCGGCUGGCGGAGCUCACCCCUGGAGGCCCCUGCAUCCGAGGAAAUGUCUUUAUCCACCCAACGGCGAAGGUGGCUUCCUCUGCAGUGCUCGGUCCCAACGUCUCCAUCGGGGAAGGGGUGACGAUAGGGGAGGGGGUUCGGCUGCGAGAGUCCAUCGUCCUCCAUGGAGCUACUCUGCAGGAGCACACGUGUGUGCUGCACAGCAUCGUAGGCUGGGGGAGCACAGUGGGGCGGUGGGCCCGCGUGGAGGGCACGCCCAACGACCCCAACCCCAAUGACCCCCGGGCCCGAAUGGACAGCGAGAGCCUUUUCCGGGAUGGGAAGCUGCUUCCAGCCAUCACCAUUCUGGGCUGCCGGGUUAGGAUUCCCGCGGAGGUGCUGAUCUUGAAUUCCAUUGUGUUGCCACACAAGGAGCUGAGCCGGAGUUUCACCAACCAGAUCAUCCUCUGAAUGGGGGGCUUGGGGAAGGACCCCCCGCUGCCCCCGCUGGCUCCUGUCUCUGGGCGGGAAGGAGUCGGUUGAGUUGGACCUUCACUGGCUGGUACUCUGGGGGUGUGGGAGGCAUGUGGGUGGCCGGGCCGCGCCGCCCUUUCCAUCUCCAAUAAACCCUGAUGAACCUUGGA